AUGUCAGGACGAGGAAAAAGCGGUGGUAAAGGUCUCGGCAAGGGUGGUGCUAAACGUCACCGAAAAAUCUUGCGAGACAACAUCCAAGGUAUUACCAAACCUGCAAUUCGACGAUUAGCUCGACGAGGUGGUGUCAAGCGUAUCUCCGGUCUUAUCUAUGAAGAGACAAGAGGUGUUCUAAAAAUUUUCCUCGAAAAUGUUAUCCGGGAUUCAGUAACAUACACUGAACAUGCCAAACGAAAAACUGUCACAUCUCUUGAUGUUGUCUACGCUCUCAAACGACAAGGCCGAACACUUUAUGGCUUUGGAGCAUAA